AACCUGGCAACAAGCCAGAUUUUCAAGGAAACUGCCUGCUUACGGACUGUCUGUUCAGAAAAAGGUGAUCCCCACGAGCUAAUCUCCCACACGUGGUGGACUCAGCGGGCAUUUUCUGAAAAUGGAGGAAAUGUUAAAGGCCCUGCUACAGGCCAAUGCCGCUUAGCGGGAAUCCAACCACCAAGUCGCAGAGGCCGCUGCAGCACAACAGGCCGCCCAACAGGAGAUGAAUCGGCAGUUUGCAGAGGCUCUUGUGGAACUGAAAAAGGGGUUCGCACCUCCUGCGCAAGGGGAACCAAAAUUGGUACGUGCUUCCAACCACCUACAGAAGAUGACACCUACUGAUGAUGUUGAGGCCUACCUUGCGACUUUUGAGAGAGUUGCUGUCCGCGAGGAGUGGCCAAAAGAACAGUGGGCGGGGCUAGUGGCCCCGUUCUUGACCGGGGAACCUCAAAAGGCGUACUUUGAUCUCGAACCGGAUAAGGCCCAGGACUAUGAGACACUGAAGACGGAGAUACUUGCACGCUUGGGUGUCACCAUGGCAGUCCGAGCCCAGCGUGUGCAUCAGUGGAGUUACUCCAGCAGCAAGCCACCUCGCUCUCAAAUGUUUGACCUGAUCCAUCUCACCAGGAAGUGGUUGCAGCCAGAGACCUUGACCGGCCCUCAGAUCGUGGAGCGGGUAGUAAUGGACCGGUACCUGCGUGCGCUCCCUGCGACACUGAAGAAGUGGGUCGGACAGGGGGACCCCAACACUGCAACCCAGUUGGUGGACCUAGUGGAGAGGUACCUUGCUUCUGAGGACUUGCUGAAUCCGUCUAUGCCCCACCGUGGAGCGUCUUGGGAUGCAAGAUCACCCCCAGGAUCUGUACAGGGCUGACAGACAGGGGCUUUUCUGAAAGCUUGCAUGACAUACAACCUUUAUGGGACCCAUCCUGAUCACCCUAAGAGAAGGAAGAAGGAAAUAAGUAAAAUACCCCAUAGCAGAAGAGGAACUUACUGGACCAAGGUUCACAAUGUGCUAUGCAAAUUCAGAGUGAAAGGAAGCACCUACCUCAGGCGUGGGAACAGAAGCAUACACACUCCAUCCUACUUUAACAAGAGACUCCUCAGUUCUGGGCUUGGACCCCCAUAUGUAUUACAUACACUGCAUGGCCCAAAAAAAAAGUCGCCACCUGGAUUUAACUAAGCAAAUAGUUCUGAGCCUCCUAUUUGAUAAUUACUGCCGGGCGAUUAUCUUUCAGCUGCAACAAGUUAUUUAAUC